AAUGUAGUUUUAUCAUUGAAAGACCUAUUUCAAGUUGUCUUUGAUAUGAAGACAAAAGAAGUAGAAGAAGUGAAAAGACAGUCUUCUGAUACUGUUCUGUAUUUGAAGCCAAUGUAUGAUGAUGAGCCACCUGAUGAAAAUGUCGCAGAAGAAACACAUGAGACAGUGCCUGCCACUCAGAAUGGUGAAGUAUCAAAAGAAGAGACAAUUGAAGCAUUACCAACACUAGGAAACACAGUUACAUUUGAACAGGAGGAAACUACAGGAGGCGGAAAUUUAGUGGAAUUAGAAAACGAACUGAAGAAUAUUCAGAUGGGCAUUGAUGCAAUGGAGGCAUUUGGAGACCCAUUUUCAGCUGGAGGUACUACGCCAGAUGGAACCCGAUCAGCCAACAAGACCCCUAAUCCAUUUGAACCAGCUGAUCCAUUCAAUAUGGGUGGCAGUAGUGACUUUUUCUCACCCCAGUCUGAUAGUUCAGGAUUUAGCUCUCCACCUAUCAAUCAGAGUUCUGCGAUGUCAUCGCCAAGUCAGGAUUUGUUCAAUCCAUUCCAAUCACAGCCUGGUACCACAUCAACUACAACUAAUCUGUUUGCUGCACAGUCUGUGCCCCAGCAACAACAACAGCAACAGCCUAUUGCAUAUGGACAAAUGGGUUAUGGCAAUAUGGGUCAAAUGGGUGCUCCAAUGGGUGGUAACACCAUGGCAGCUCCAAUGGGUGGCAAUCCCAUGAUAGGGACACAGAUGGCGACUAACAUGGCACUCAAUGCACCUACCAGCUACAGUAUGGGUAGUGCUAUGGGUGGUGGUUAUGGUGGCAUGUCAUCCCACUCUCAGAGUUAUGUUCCUCCACCAACACAACCAGUAAAACCAAAGGCAGAUCCAUUUGGCGAUUUGGACAUCUUGGGCAAAUCAGACUCUGGAGUCAGUGAUGUGUUUGCGAGUCUUGGAGCUCGUCCAGCCAGGGCACCUCCCCCUGUACCAGGCAAAUCGACAGCGGCUGCACCACCAGUGUCAACACCAAGGACUAAUGUUGGUCAGCAACCUCCGGUUGAUUUAUUUGGCUCUAAUAUGAUGACUAGCCCAUCGGGUAAUGAUGACUUUAAUUUACCUUCACCAGAUAUGCCUCCACCAUUGCCUCCAAGAGCCACCCCAGCUGCUGUUAAUAUGUCAUCAGAGCUUAAUAAUCAACCUCAUGUUCCACCGUUUGUUCCGCCAAGGUUACAUGGUGAUAAUGACCUGGGAAUUAAGGAUAACGUCACACAUCCCAUACCCAUCCCAUCUCGGAUAGAUAACCAACAUACAAACCAACAACAACCACCACAAAACAGGACUGAAACUUGUGAAUCUUCCGGUUCAGCGGCAGCUCACUUUCCAAACACUUUUAGCUUACAGGAAUCCAGUGCUUCCUCUAAUCCUUCUUCCCUUUCUUCCAGUGCAUGUGACUCCAUAAACAAUAAAACCCUUUCUUUUAGUAGUUGCACGACUAACAGCACGAGCAUGACUCAGUCAACACAAUCUACGUCGCUUCCUAUUAAUACUCUCUUUGAUCAGCAUGUUUUGCUUUCUAGCUCCAACCCUCAUGCAGACACUAACCUGUCUUCCAGCGUUCCCAGUGCAUGCAAUAACAUUGCCAAUUUAUUUCCACAAAAUGAUCUUUUUAAUACUGUAACAUUUACCACUGCCGCUAACACCACUAAUGAUGUUUUGCUACCUGUUCACGAAGAUCCUUUUGCAGACGACCCAUUUACAGCUGAGUCGCCGACCACAAGUAAAAUUAUUGUAAUGGACUCAUCUCCAGUCAACCAUAUUUCAUCAUCAUCAUCUUCAUCAUCACCACCAUUAUCUUCAUCAACUGGGAAUCCAUUUGUGCCAGCAGAAGGCGCUGUUUCUAAACCUGAUCCCUUCUCUGUAGGAGGACUAACAGGUGGUACUUCCGGCAGCUCCAAUGCAUUCGCAGAUCAGCCAUUUGAUGCAUUUGAUUUUGGUGGUGGAACAGCUGCACCUCCAAGUAAAACGGCUCCUGCGCAGUCGAGCACAUUCGAUAAUCUGGACCUGUUUGGUGGUCCCGCUGCUGAGGAACCGCUGUAUGCUACAGUCAACAAGCCUAAACAGUAAAUUACAAAUUAAUUCAAGACAAUUCUUAUCACAAGUAGAAACAAUUAAGACGGCAUUUUAUAUUUUUAGCAAACUAUUAAUUUAAAUAAGUAUUAUUCAGAUCGAAAAAUUCACUCUAUUAUGUUAUUUACUUGCAUGUCGCAGGAGGGCGAUGUUCAGUGAGGGUGCAUAGUGGUAUAAUUCAGCUUAUAUAUAUAUGUAUAUGCUUCCAAGCUUGUUAAUUUUAUCACAGACAUAUAUGGUUUUAUACAUGUGGAGGGAGGGAAUUCAGUUUUAGCAUCACAACAUUCAAUUCUGUACACUCAGUAGCUUCAUAUAUGCACAAUAAUUCAAUGUUAUGAAGACAUUGGUACCAUUUGAAUAUGAUUUUGCAAAAACCAUACAUUAUUAGAAAUUUACAUUUACUGGCAUUUUGUUUGAAAUGUGAGGAGGAAGUAGUAGAUUGAAAUGGAUCAAAGUCGUCAUGGUGAUCAAUAUAGGACCUGAUUUUAUGACUCGUGUUGAAUCUUGUACUGCUUCUUGUCAUGCAUAUGAUCACUUGUAAUUUAAUUGCAGGAGUUAUUGACGAAUAAAUGUACCCUUAGUGAUGGUGUCAACAAUAUUGCAU